GGAGCCGUGCCAGCCCCUCCGGAGCCGUGCCAGCCGCAGGGCCCCCUUUCUCUGUGAUAAUGGGGUACGAAAUUCCCGCUGGGGAAGGGCCCGGUGACCAGGGCGCGUCCCCUGAGGAAGGAGGGUCCUCUCGCUCCUCAGAAGGUGAGGCCGGGACGCCGGGAGCGGCCUCUCGAGCCCCGAGGCAGGCUCCUUGUGCGGUGCGGGGAGCAGCCGGGGGGGGGCGGGAGACCGCCUGGCCGGGGCGGCCUCUGCGAAACCUGCCGUGGUCCCGGGUCCUCUCGGGGUGUAAAACUCUCCUCGCUACCGUGGCUUCCUCAUAAAAGCUGUCCCCAGGUUCCCUGUUAACGUUCGUGUAAGGCACCGAAGAAAACACUCUCUGUUCAUAGAAAGAUACCGUUUCUUGAUGCCUCAAAUCGCCUGUCAGAAGUUACAGCUGGAAAACAUAGAGACACGUUGUCAAAAGGGAACUGGCAGUUGAUACAAAUAUGAAGAAAUUGGAGGAAAAUUUCUCUUUCCACAACACGAAGCCUGAGGAAGAGUGGUUCCCAGUCGUAUGGUGGUGUUCCGUUCAAAGGGGACUACAAUGAGGGCAUCAUUCCUGAUGGGGAAAAAAGGUCCUUGUAAGUGACAAAAAUGCGGAUAGAUAAUAAGCUGAACAGCAAAUUUCGAAUUUACAUUGGGCUUAAUUAUUUUUUAAUCUUGUAUAAGCAAUACAGAAACUGCAUCCUGUAACAGAAGGGAAGAAGAACCACCACCCGCCUGCCUAAAAGUUUGAUGCUAUGUCAGACUCAUUUCACCACGGUUUUGGUAACCGCUGGCAGGCUGUAUGUAGUCCAGCAGGGAGGAGGGCCUAACCUAACGCAACCUCCUCUCGUCCCAGGGAGUAAAGCUACAGUGACAGCACUGCUGCAAAAUAUUCCUGAUCACAGCAGGGAUCAGCCUGAGCUCAUCCCCAUGUGAAGGCUGGAACAAAGUUCUGACAAGAUGCACAGUGCAAAAAGUAAAUCAUUAAUAUUUAUUGGACUGCUUUUCAACUGCCUAGAAAUGAUCUUUUCAUCGAACGCAGGUUUCUCUAUGUCUAUAUACAAUGUGACAUCACAAAGCAUUUAUCUCAGAUGGCCCAAGUUUUCAGGAGCCUCUUCUUACAGAGUCACAGCUACAGCUGUGAAUACUGUAGGCCAUUCAUUACUGGCUCAUUUUAGUGAUGUUACACUUAAAGGAACUCUAACUUCAUUAAUUCCCAAUACUAUUUAUGCUAUACAAGCAGAAGCCAUUGACAAGAAUGGAAUUAUUCUUGCAGAAACACAGAUUAUGCAGUCAACAGCUCCAGACAUACCUGUUAUUGACAAAGCUUAUUCAAAACUUAGCAACAGUAUCACAGUGGAAUGGAGAGCAGUACCUGGGGCUACUAGUUAUCUGCUGACUGCACAAGAUGGAGAUUCCUUCAUUGAAACUGUAGUUACAAAUUCUCCAGGCACAUUGACGGGACUGAAACCUGCCACCUUGUACAGAGUCACUAUCAGAUCCAUAAAUUCAGGAGGAAAAAGCCAGCCUUCACCUUUCAGAAGAGCAAAAACAGUCCUGGCUGCUCCAAUUCUGUCUGUUAGUUCUCCGAGUUGUGACUCCAUUGCAGUAAGCUGGAAAGCUGUGUAUAUGGCAGCUGGAUUCUCUGUGUCCCUCAUGAGAUCAGAUGGUUUGGGCAGAAUGCUGAAGGAGAACACCACCAAUACGUCCUUGAUAUUUACAAAUCUAGAUCCAGGAACUCUCUAUACUAUCAAGGCAUAUGCCUGGAAUGUCAAUGGGAUACCUGGAGAUGAUUUCACAUACAACCAAAGAACAAGUCCUAAUGCACCAGCGGAUGUUCAAGUAGCUUUUAAUAGUGGUGCCUUAAGAGCUAUUGUUUCUUGGAUGCCAACAGAAGGAGCUCUAACUUACAGUGUGACAGCCUCCAGUGGGCUCUUGAAACUGAAGUGUAACACAUCUUCUGCCUCCUGCAUGGUGCCAUCACUCCAAUGCAGCUCUGAAUAUUAUGUUUCUGUCACAGCAUACAAUGAUGCUGGAUCCAGUAACCCUACUGAUGCAGUAAGCUUAAAAACUAUUCCUUGUGCACCAGUAAAUAUAUCAGUUGAAGGGGAUGAGCCUGGCCACUUGUUGGUAUCAUGGUCUAGCGUCAAUUUUGGUCAUUAUUAUGUGGUUUUUGUGAAGAGUGAUGAUGGCUUGGAAGUGCACUGCAACACAUCACAUACUCAAUGCCAUUUCCAGUCGGACUGUGGCUUCACUUAUUUCAUUAGUGUCUUUGCAUAUAACAAGGCAGGGCAGAGUCCUCUAGGCAAUGUAUUGAAUUACAGUACUGCGCCUUGUUGCCCCAGCGACUUCAGGGCGGUGCUCGUGGCGAGCGACACCGUGGAGGUCACCUGGGCUCCUGUCCGAGGUGCUGAAAUGUACGAAACGAGAGCCCUGGGCGGGAGCGGCGUGGUGCGCUGCAACGACACCGCCACGGCCUGCACCUUGUCGGCUCUGCCGUGCAACACCCGCUAUAAUAUCACGGUUUAUUCUUUCAGCGAGGCCAGGGGCAGCAACACGUCGUGUGCAUCCAAGUACGUGGCAACAGCUCCCUGCAGUCCUGAAAUCAAAAGUAUCUCAAAGGAGGCUCUUUCUGCAAUCAGUGUGCACUGGCAAUCUAACAAUGAAGAAGCUACAUAUAUUGUCACUGCCAGAGGAGAGGCUGGACUUUGGCAUUGCACAAGCUCUGGAAAUUCCUGUACCCUAAUUCAUCUUCCCUGCGGAUCUGCUUUCUCUGUCAGUGCUAUAGCAAGAUCACCAGCAGGACAGAGCUUACCAAGCUACAGUGUCCCUUUAGAGACAGCUCCUUGUUGCCCUAACGACCUGUUACUAACUCAAGUGACACAGUCUGUAACAAAUAUCAGCUGGUCUGUUGGGAUGGGUGCACAGACAUACAUAACAACACUGGAGUCCCCGAAAGGACAGGCAAAGUGUCACACUCUUCAAAACUACUGUCUCCUGGGAUGCAUCACAUGUGGCACCAACUAUACAGUAUCUCUGAAAGCAAUCAGUGAAACGGGUUUGACAUCCAGUUGCACAUAUCAAGGAUAUUCUUCCAGUGCUUGCUGCCCUUCUGGGGUGAAGCUAUAUAGACUCGGCAAUAAUGGCAUCAGGGUAUACUGGCGAGCUUCUGAUGAAACAAUAAACUACAAUACUGAUUUACAUGGCUCAAAAGGCAAUUUCACCUGUACCCCUAGCUCAGGUCUAAGUCACUGCGAUAUCACUGAGAUACCUUGUGGGGAUGUCUACACAGUGGUAGUAUCUCCAGUUACUGAUAAGGGGCCGAAUCUUACAUUUUGUCCUAAAAAAAUAUAUUCAGUAACCUGUUCUGGAAGCUCUGUUGGAAUGGUGAUUUAUAGAGGAAAGAGCAAUGCAGAACAACAUAUCUAGAUGAAAAUUCUGGUUCAGAUAAGGAGCUAUCCUGGACGUUAAGGUUGUUGAUAACACCAUUCUCCCUAAAUGCUCUUCUCAGUCUUUCUUUCCCUGAAGCUGGAAGGAUGACAUGUGUGCUUAACUGCAACAGUCACAGCUGCUUGAGGACUGGGAGGAGGGAAGCUGAACAGCUAGCCAUAUCUGAGAUCUAAUCCAGGACAUCAAAUUUGAGCCCCAACUGAUGAGAUAUAAUUUUUAAAAUGCAGAUGAACACUGACGGACAUCUCUGUAAUCUUUAAUUGUAAUUUUCCCUGUAAAGCAAUCACUUUUAAAAGCUCUUCCAAGACGGUUAUUAAGCAGUAGGUAUGUUCUAGACCUAAUGUAUCAAUGAAAUGUUAAAGGCUGAAAUAAAAAGAGUGAAAUUUAACUCCUUAAAAAAAAAAAAAAGGCAGCAGUUUAGGUGCACUCAAUUCAAAGUAGCUUGAGGUGUAAUCAAGUAUUCUAAGGCUAAUUAAUUUUAAUUUAAAUUUCAGAAAAAGUUUCUUCCUUUACAGUUUUGAGAGGUGACUCAUGAGGGUAAACAUGAUGUCCUCUUCACAUCAACUGACUUGUUUUGCUUUGUGGCUAAUGAAGAACUGACAGUUAUUACUAAAAUUUUAAUUUCCCAUUUUUCAGAAAAAGCAGAACCUUUUCUCAUACUCCACAGUGGUUACUUUUGCAGCCAACAUAGAAAGCAAAGUUUAAGUUCAGGGGUUCUACAUACACAUAAAAAGUAAAACAAUUACUCAAAGAUAUCUUACAAAAACAGUCUUCAGAAGCUUAAUGUAUAAAGGUUACCAAAGGCAAUAGGGUUUUUAACACUAUUUUCAGCUUAUAAAAAUAGACACCAUGCAUUCCAAAAGUUUCUUUUCCUUACAGAACACAGUUGUACUGGGUAUCUCAGUCACUGCUUCUGAUCACUUGCACAAAAUAAUCUCAUGGAAAUCUCACUCUUCAAUAAAUGGAUUGCAGAUGGCUCAAGAACUACAUCUUGCUUCUUAGAACAUGAUCUGCAUUUAUUCACUGUCAGAAGAGUCUUUAGGAAACAUUAUUUAAAACUGCCCUGCAUUACUUAAUAAAAAGUUGGGUUUAUUUCUCAUUUAAUUUGAAAAA